GUCUUAUUCUCUGAGCCUGUGGUGUAGGCGUAACUUUGAGUAAAUGCAAGCUUAUGGCCUGAUGAAAUCCAAACCUAAUUAUUAUGCUCAUAGUUUAUGCAGAGGGAGGAGGUCCUUUAUUAACACAUCAAAUAUAAAAGUCAACAUGAGCUGCAGUUUUGCAUUUUAGUUAAUAUUAACCAACUGGUGUCAGCUCAUUGCGCAGUAUAGAAUAGGUGAGAAGUGUGUCACAGUGUGGGCUGAAACAUGACUCACUGUUUCCGGCUCAUAUCAUUUUAUAUCAGCUCAUCUUUCAACUCACAGGUCAUAAAUUGGUUGUCUUUGAUGAAAGACACAGCAAGACAGACAACACAGAGCUAUAAUAGUUUUGUUUUUUAAAGCCUUUUCAAAACAUUUUUGAAAACUUCUACUACUAGGGUCACAAUGGAGACGGUGGUGAAGAGUGACGUCAUUCUUUCGGUUUACGUCAUCUCCUUCCUAAUAGGCCUGCCAGCCAACCUCGUCGCUCUCUAUGCCUUCAGUGUCAGGAUCCACUCCAAACCACUUCCAACCGACAUCCUGCUACUCAACCUGACUGUCUCUGACCUGCUCUUCUUGAUAGUCCUUCCCCUCAAGAUGCACGAGGCAGCUUCAGGCAUGAAAUGGAAUCUGCCCCACUUCCUGUGCUCAAUCACCUCCUUCACUUUCUUCUCCACAAUCUACACCAGCUCCUUGUUGCUGAUGGCAGUAAGUGUGGUUCGCUACAUUGGAGUAGCUUUCCCUGUCACCUAUCAUCAGCUGCACAAACCUGUGUAUGCAAUAGUGAUCAGUGCUGUUAUUUGGCUAAUCUCAGCAGCACACUGCAGCAUCACUUUCAUCACCCAGCACCACCCAUCCCUAGCCAACAAAAACUCCAGUGUUUGCUAUGAGAAAUUCACAGAGAAGCAACUGGAGGUCCUUCUCCCAGUACGUUUGGAGUUCUUCUUUGUGCUCUGCCUUAUACCUCUUAUAAUUUGCAUUUACUGCUACUUGCGCUGCAUCUUGAUCCUGUACAGUCGCCCCAGGAUAUCUUGGAUGCAGAAGCAGAAGGCCAUCGGCAUGGCAUUAGGGACUCUAGCUGUGUUUCUUAUCUGUGUGGUGCCAUACAAUGUCUCUCAUUUACUGGGCUACUUCCAGGGUAAAAGCCCAGAAUGGAGGUACUACACCUUGCUUCUUAGCACCUUCAACACCUGUAUUGACCCUAUAAUCUUCUACUUUUCCUCCUCCAGUUUCCGCUGCACUGGUGAAAAGUCUAUUUUCAGGAAGCGUGGACAUGCUCCUUCAGAAAGGCAGGGCACAAGCUCUGGCUAAGAGUAAAACACACAUAUCUCUCAAUUAUAUAUUACAUACAUGAUCUCUGAAUGCGUAGUAAUAUGCAGACCGCUAUAACAGUUGUUGUUACUCAACCUGUGGCCAUAUUUAACAGUUUAUAUUUACAAUGCAAUGUCUCACAGUCUUAAAAUAUCUUGUUAGGUGUGAUCUGAUUCUGACUGUGCUGCUUUCCACCCCAAACAAUGUAAACCAUGUUAUGACAAAACCUCAAGACAUGUUUAUGCAUAUGCAAAAUUCAAAAUUUUAUUAUUUCACAGUAAGUUCUCUAUUUUUGAGAAGGAACUAAUAUUCUUUGCACCCAUGACUCAGUAUUUCCUGUUUAUUUUAACGUGGGCCAGCCAUUCUUCUGCACUCAUGCAUUCUGUAGGCACACAUGUAGAAUAUACCUGAAAAACAAAACAUAAGUCAGCUAUAAAGUGGUAUGGCACAAAGGCUAUUUAUACAGGACAUAAUGUCAAGUACAUGAUAGUGGCACCACAACAAACUAGUAUAAAGAGAAUUUGCUUUUCAGUUUCAACUUUUUUUUGUUGUUGUUGUUGUUGUUUUCUUAUGUGUCUAAGGCUUGCUGAUGUGUAAGAUUGAAAAUACUUAAAGGGCAUUUUUGUGAGAUCUAAGCUGAUGAGACUCCACUAACUCAUAACAAACAACAGCAACUUCAUGAAUUACUGUAAAUAAAUAUUCAGGAAAAUGA